CAUGUGCAGCUUCGUUUUGUCCCUCUAGUGUAGCAAAAGCGAAAAAAAGCGGAGUGGAUAUAUUUUUCCAUCAUUUUCCACCUGAUGAUGAUGUGUGCCGUAAAUGGGUUGCAUUUUGUAAUAACGAUAGUGAUUGGGAACCAAAAAAACACUCUGCACUCUGUUCGUUACAUUUCAAAAUGGAAGAUUAUCAACUUUACAACUCUUUAUUUGUGAAGGGAAGCAAAAAUCCGCGAAGAUUGAAAUUUGCAGCAGUACCAUCUAUCAAGGAAGAAACUGAUAUAUCUCGACCAGAGGCUGACCGUCAUGAAUCCUUCGCCGAUGUAAAUCAUCCACAAGCAAUCAAUGCAUCGCUUCCAAACUACCGCGAACAGUUCUGUCGAACAUGUUUGAAGCACUGCCCAGACGAUUCUUCAAUUCCGGUUGCUUCUCAAAUACAGAACAUGGUAGUGCUCGAUAUGCUUGUACACCUCACGGGGUUCGAAACAGACGAUAGUGAUGAAUUCCCAAGCGUUAUAUGUUUGGAAUGUAAAAAUAAUUUAGUUCAGGCGUUCAACAUACGCCAGGAGUUCAUUGUCAAAGCAGAAUUUUUGGUUCAACUUGUAGCCGAGGAAAAACUUGCUGAUUACUUUCAUACUAUUGAAGAUAAGGCUCAAAAAUCGAUGAAACCCAGAACUUCAAAGAGAUUCAUAUUUACUGACAUAAAUCAAGCAUACAGAAAUCUCUCAAUCGAACCCCUAUUUCCGAUCAAUAAUCCGGCAUCGCGAUGUAGUCCUGGAAUAUUGGACGAAAAUAAUGGGGAAACAAUCAAACAUGAGCUCGAGCAGCACGAGUCAGAUAUAUCCGAUAUAAAUGAUCAUUCAUGCUACGCCAAGGUCGUCGAUGGAAACGAAGAUCCUGCUACAAAUAGCGACUUGGAACAGCAAACUGGUCCAGAUGAACGUACAGUAAAAAUUGAGGACACUUGUACUCGCAGCAACACACCGGACAUUCAGUCAGAUGAAAAUCUAGAACAAAGUGACGCUUGGAAUGAAUUCAUGGUCAACUAUGAAAAGGAAAAAUCUAUGAAACGAAAGCUUAAGUCUGAACAGCGACGAGCGCUUAAGUCUCAGCGAGGUAGACAAGUUAACGUUAAACUGCAACAGUUGGAAGAAGAAGCUCGCCUACUAUUUCCACUUACCACAUGUUACGUUUGCGACAAGCAGCACGAUUCCAUGAUGGAAUGCGAUUUUCACAUGCGAGAACAUAUUCCGAUGCUCCCAUACCAAUGCAAUGAAUGUAUGGUGGAAAAUAACGAAACUGAGGCUACAGAGACUGGCGAAAGUUUUCAACCGCUGGAAUUGAAAACUGUGAAUAAGUUAAAUUUUCAUUUAAGAAUGCAUCGAUUACCACACAAAUGCGACAAAUGCUAUCGGCGGUUCGGCACCAUUACAAGGCUCAAAGGCCACGUGAGCAAUGCACAUGCUUGCGAAGAGACUGGAUUCACUUGCGAAUAUUGCGGAAAGCAUUAUACCCAUAGAGUCUAUUUUAGGUCUCAUGUGGACAGUCAUCGGAACGAACUAAGUGGUCAGUAUAAAUGCUCGAUUUGCGACCGAUCGUUUGGAGCAAAAAAUUCUCUUCAAAGACAUCUAGCAUCCCACACUGGCGAGAAAAAGUAUAAGUGUAUGUACUGUGAUAAAUCGUUCAGCACAUCGUAUAAUCGGCUCAAUCACCAUAGAAUUCACACUGGAGAACGACCUCAUAAGUGCCUUGAGUGUGGUCGAGCAUUUGCUCAAAGUACCGCACUCUUAAAGCAUACGUGCACACCUGGUCAGGUGAGACCUUCGAAAUUACGAAAUGAUUCGGGCCCCCCCCUGCUUCCCAGCAAGGAUGGUCGUUGUCCAUACCCAGGGUGUGACUAUACGGCUACCACAUACGGUGCAAUGUAUGUGCACAAGCGCACGAAACAUACCACUUUGUAUCAAUGCAAAAUAUGCAACAAGUCGUAUGCUUUCGCGAAUCAAUUGAACGCACACUUGAGGCUGCACACGGGCGAAAAACCGUAUCAAUGCAAUUUAUGCGAACGAAGCUUUCGGGAUUUGCAAAUUUAUCGGCGACAUUUAAAAACGCACACCACCGAUACCAGCUUUGCCUGCGAGAUCUGCCAGAAGAGCUUCAAACUGCCGCAAUAUCUGCAGGCACAUAUGCAGACCCAUUCAUCGGAGCGCAAGUUUUCGUGCGAAAUUUGUGGAAAUUGCUACAAAACAAAAGGUGAACUAAAGAAACACAUUCAACGCAAACAUGGUGACGAGAAUAAUGAUAGCAGAAAUGAAGAUGGCAUAAUCAUUAAAGUAGAAUUUUGCGAGGAAGUACCUACAUCUAACGCGUAGAUAUAGCAAGUCCAUAGAUAUAGCUAAUUAUUAUAUAGCCAUAGAUCGUAUAGUCCAUAGAUAUAGCUAAUUAUUUAAAGUUAUUGUAAUUUUUCAUGCUUGUUUUUGUAGUUUCAUAUAAACUUGUAGUAGGUUUACACUCGUUUGACCUUCGACGGUAUGCUUAAUUGUACAGAAAAAUAAGACAUGCUAUUAUACUUCCAGGCUUAAUCUUAAGAUAUCAAAUUAUGUCGAGGAAAAAGUCAAUAAAGAACAAAAUUAUAUGUUAGGAA